GGGCAGUCUAACACCGGUACUGGUCUGCGAUACGACUCCGUUUUGCGACCGGAAGCAGCACUGUUUCCGGUUCCAUACGCGCCAAAAAGAAAACAAGACGUAGUGACGGAAGCUUGUAUGUAGUUUUGCAAUUUUUCUGUUUCGACGGUUUGACGAAACCGCAGCGGUAACGGACCCCACCGGACUGUUUUAUCAGUAAAACCCCAACCGGCGGUGGAAGAAUGAGAGGAGAAACCAAAGUCCAAUCCUCCAUUCUGCUGAUGAUUCCUUGAGCAACUCUCUGAAUUUCUACCGGCUCCAGGGCACUGAACUCUAGCUGACCUCUGACCUCACUUUGGAGGUGGACGAAUGAUGCCCUGUAGGUGCGGUACACGGUAGCAUAUAAGUGGUUAACAAGCACGUGAUGAUGAGCAAGUGGGGAGACCGACUGAAGAAGGUUGAGCAGCUCGCUCAGUCGUUCCAGGUCAAUCCUCUGGCCACACGCUACAAACCUCGACUGUGGCCGUGGCAGCCUUCCUCCAUCUGGAAGCUCUUCCCUCGUCAGAGUCUUGCCAUUGGCUUCGCUCAGAGCUGCAAAGAGGCUGUACAUGUUUUUGCACUUGAAAAAGAAAACACAACUCUAGGUCAAAGGAUCUACCUGGUUACCAGUUACAGUGAGCUUUGGCAUUACUACAGGACUUACCCUAAGUCCUUGAUGCACUGCUACGAGGUGAUUCCAGAGGGCGCUGUUUGUAAGCUUUACUUUGACUUGGAGUUCCACAAGCCCUCAAACAAAGGAGCUGAUGGGAAAACAAUGGUGUCUUCUCUUAUCCAGUAUGUCUGUGGCAAGCUAAAGGAAAUGUAUGGGAUAGAGUGCUCCACAAAAAAUGUCCUCAAGCUUGACUCCAGCACAGAGGAGAAGUUCAGUCAACAUCUCAUCUUCAAUCUCCAAAAUGCAGUUUUCAAAGACAACAUACAUGUUGGUAGGUUUAUCCAUGAAGUUCUUCAACCAGUCCUGAGCAAAGCCAAAAGUGGAAGUUGCCUGGAUAUUGGGAUGAAUUCAGUGGCAGAAAACAGUGAAACAGGCAGAACAUGUGCUGUUCCUGAGGAGAAGGCAGCAAAAACAGGUGAGGUGGCUGAUAGUCCACAGACCAAGAGACGUAAGCAGGAAGAGACAGACCUCAGGUUCCUCAGGGUGAAAAACAAGGAUGGCCAAGACUGUCUCUUUGUUGAUGUUGGUGUCUACACCAGGAACAGAAAUUUCCGCCUUUACAAGUCAUCCAAAGUGGGAAAGAACACUGCAUUCGCUGUGGCAGACGACAACCAGUUCAUUGCCAAACUUGAGAAAGGGUUCUCUGCAGAGGAAAGCGUAUUCUUGGCGUCCUUGGUCUGUAAUGUGAGUUUCACAGGUCAGAGAAUUCUCACGUGGGACGUCCCAGAAACAAAGGAAUCCAAGACCUGGAGACCUAAUUGCCAGCAGGGCACAGCAACAAACCCAGAAUCACUUUCUGGCUGCCUGAUGUCCCCUCAUCAAGAAGUGGACAACUUUGUACUAACUGUGGUCAGAAAGGAUGGGAUACAAGGAAACAUCAGGCGAUGGAACUACUUUGUCGCGGAGCAACUGCUUGUCUACGACAUUUCCAAAUACCGCUGGUGUGAAAAUGUGGGAAAGUUUCAUAAAAGCAACAACAUUAUGAUUGUUGUGGAUCUGAAAGAGGAUGUGUGGUACCAGAAAUGUCACGAUCCUGACUGCAGGAAGUUUAGGUCCUCAAGUUACCCACUGCCACAGGAGAUCUGUGUCGGCUACAUCAUGACACUGGAUGAAGAGGACCAGGCUUACUUAAUGGACGAUGAUGGCAACAUUGACCCCAAGCAGAAACACAACCAGAACCCACAGAACACAGCCUGUCCAGAGGAAAUGUCUGCUGAUGUCUGGGGAGACAGACAGGAUGAUCAGGACUAUUUAGACAGCCUGGACGACUUCGAACACACCAGUGGGGAGAUCUCUGAUCAGGAUCUGCUCAGUUGCAUGGCAGAUUUUGAUUCCCAGUAGAAGGUAAUGUUAUCUUGCCCUGGCUGUGAAGCAUCAACUAUACUGUUAACACUUUAAGUCCUCCUUUAAGCAAUUUAUAAGCAGUAUAAAAACAUGUAAUAAAUGGUUUUUAACACAGUGUAUUUGUAAGCAGAUAUAAAUGUUUAUUAAUGUAUUUUUCAAAAACUGUUACUCCUCCUGUAGGCACCAAUAAAGUGGGGGCUGCUGUAUUAACAUAUAAUGGCAAUAUAGUAAAACACAGUUGGAAAAUUAUUAAAUGUUUUCAUAGAAGUUAUAAUUGUUGACAAAUACUGUACAUUAAUAAACACUUAAAAUGUCA